UGUUUCUUGUAGUCCUGCUGCUCUUAUGACUCAACUCUGUCAGAAGACACACAAUUGUAGGUCAGUGCUGCUGGCAACCAGACAAAGUGAGGACUGGGAGAGCAAGGAUUUGUCAAGCUCUUCCUUUGUCUCUAUUAGGAUAUAGUGACUGUGGAUAAGGCCCUGGUCCAUGAAAGGAACAUGUACCUUAUAUUCUGCCUGUGGAAGAUGUUCUUCCUCUCUGCAUGGUCGUCAACUGGACAUGCUAAGUACAGUAGCCUUCCAGAAGUAGUGAUACCCUUGAGGGUCACUGUAGCUGGCAGAAAUAAUAUUUCCCCAGGUUGGCUGUCCUAUAGCCUGAACAUUGGGGGACAGAGACACAUAAUCACUAUGAAACCCAAGAAAAACUUGAUAUCCAGAAACUUCGUAUUACUCACUUAUAGUGACCAAGGUGAUCCACUUGAAGAACAGCCUUUUGUGCAGAAUGACUGCUACUACCAUGGCUAUGUGGAUGAAGACCCAGAAUCCUUGGUCAUUGUUCACACCUGUUUUGGGAGUUUGCAAGGCAUACUAGACAUAAAUGGCACAAUUUAUGAAAUCAUGCCCAAGAGCUCAACUUCAACAUUUGAACAUCUGGCUUUCAAAAUGGACAGUGAGGAGUCAGAAUCAAUUCCCAUGAGAUGUGGCUUAACUGAAGAGGAAAUAGCACAACAAAUAAAGCUUCAAGAAAGCAAUGAUUCCACACUUUUGCAACUCCCAUAUGAGAAUUGGUGGACCCACCACAGGUUUAUUGACUAUUUUGUAGUAAUAGACCAUAAACGAUAUGUUCAUAGAAAUAACAAUACCACAGCCUGUAUUCAAGAUAUGUUGGAAAUAGUCAAUGGAAUAAAUGCUUAUUAUCUGCAAAUAGAGACUGAUGUGGUUUUAACCAAACUUGAAGUGUGGAGCCAAAGAAAUCUUAUCAAUGUAGAACAGGAUAUGACAGCGGUCCUAAAUGCAUUCUGCAAUUGGAAGAUAAACGCGAUUGGUAAUCGUGUUAGACAUGAUAUCAUACACCUUUUUGUCAGACGUAAUUAUGGUAUAUACUUAGGGUUAGCUAAUGUAGCUGCAGUUUGUAUGACUGUUAAUUGUGCAGUUAACAGUUUCAUGUCUGAUUCAAUAUCAGACAUGGCAUUUAUUAUAGCACAUGAGAUGGGUCAUAACUUGGGUAUGAUGCAUGAUGUAAGUGGAUGUACUUGUGGAAGACAAAGCUGCAUAAUGGCCCCCUAUAAAUCAAAUUCCCCCAAAUUCAGCAACUGUAGUUAUGAAGAAAUGUAUUCAGUUGUUAACCAAAGAAGUUGUUUAUACGAUAUUCCAGAAGCACUAAGAACAUCAAACAUUACGCUGACCGAGUGUGGGAAUAACUUGGUUGAGGAAGGAGAGCAGUGUGAUUGUGGGAGCUCUGAAUCCUGUUCAAAAGAUCCAUGCUGUAGUGAGGACUGUGUUCUCAAACCUGGUGCUCACUGUGCUUCUGGGCUUUGUUGCCAAGAUUGCCAGUUCCUUCAAACAGGUACCAUAUGUAGAAAAGCAAAAAAUGAGUGUGAUCUUCCAGAGUGGUGCAAUGGAACUUCAGCUGAGUGUCCAGGAGAUGUGUAUAAAGAAGACGGAAGCCCUUGCAGUGAUGAAGGCUAUUGCUAUAAGAUGGAGUGUCAUCAACAUGAUGAACAGUGUCGGAAGAUUUUUGGCAACGGAAGUAGAAGUGCAAAUGAAAUUUGCUACUAUGAAAUGAACAAAAGGGGUGACCGUUUUGGUAACUGUGGUAAUGAUAGCACUAAAUACAGAAGGUGCAAACUCGCUGAUAUACUCUGUGGACGAAUUCAGUGUGAAAAUGUAACUGAACUUCCCCAAAGGAGAAGCCAUGAAACAGUGCAUUACACUCACUUCAAUAAUGUCAUCUGCUGGACUAUGGACUAUCAUUUUGGGAUAGCCAUAGAUGACAUUGGAGCAGUGAACGAUGGCACAGCUUGUGCUCCAGACUAUUUAUGUAUUGACAGAAAGUGUGUCAGCAAAUCUAUUCUGCUAAGUAAUUGUUCACCAGGCUUAUGUCAUAUGCAAGGAGUCUGCAACAAUAAACAGCACUGUCAUUGUGACGUCACAUGGGAACCCCCAGACUGUCGACUACGUGGCCAUGGAGGGAGUAUAGACAGUGGACCACCUCCUGUGCCUUUACCUCCUCCUUCCAAUUGGAGUAUGUACUUCGUAGCUUUUAUAAUUAUGUAUAUGCUUGGCUUAAUUGCUUUGUAUGGCCUUCGUAAGUUAAAGAAACGAUCCGCAAGAUAGGCUGUGCCUAACUCAGAAUCUGAAGAUAAAAUCUAAUCAGAAAAAACAGAAUCUCUGGUCUUUAAACUUGCAAAAUCUGAAAAAGAUUUCACAUGUUAAACAAUCAAACAAAAAACUACAAAGAAUAAUAAUAUCCUAUAA